CAAUUCCAGACAUCCAUGGGGUUUUUCUAUCUAGCAAUCAAGAUUCCACAAGCAAUCACCAUUACAAUCUUUGCAAACAUCGCAUCCCGUCUCGUAUCACUCCUACUAUCAGCACUCUCUCACCUCGGCCUCUUCAAAUCGCCGCCGGAUCCCGACGAUUACACCUCCACCGCCGGCAAUUACGUCCUCAUCUUGGACGGUUCAUCCCCCUCCCUCCUCCCCGUCCCCGUCCACGUCGUCACUGCCUCCAUUAAAAACAAGGUCCCCAUCACUCCCUACUCCGAUUUCGCCGCCCGAUUUGGAGGAGCCGAGAACACCGUCUGCUCCGUCUGCUUGGACUCCGUUCAUGCCGACGAUCCCAUCAGAGAGCUUCGGAAUUGCAGGCAUGUCUUCCAUAAAGAGUGUUUAGAUAGAUGGGUAGAUGAAGGUCAAGUGACUUGCCCUUUGUGCAGAUCUAUGCUGCUUCCCCCCAAAAAGCUGUUAUCCUCCGCCACAGCCGCCGUCGAGACGGCGGCGACGGCGACGGCUACGGCUAUAGAUACGGUAACGUAAAAUAUGGGGAAAUUACGAUGGAAAAUCGAUAAGGAAUUCGUUUGAGUCGAUAUAUAUGUACAAUUUUCUUUGUUUAUAGUUCAUUUUUCAUCAUAUAAUACAGAAUCAAGAUGUAACUUUGUAUAAUUGUUUGAAUGAUGAAUUCAUCGACACCCACCAGGGUAAAA